AGCAAUAUCAAAUAUUGAAGUUGGGAAAAUGGCCGACUUUUCUUAUCAAAGGGCCCAUUGUUUACAUAGUUCUUGUUGAUAAAAUUGUAAUAACGUAUUAAGAUUAACGUAUUACUGUAAAUUGUAAAUUGUAAUAUUACAAUUCAUUUUCUUUUAAUUAAUUUCUUUAUUAAGAUUAAUUUAAGAUGGUGCACAGAUGUUUUGUUGGAAACUGUCCCAAUAAAAAAGUAACUGGAAGUGGUAUUCAUUUCUUUUCAUUUCCAAAAGACGAUGAUCUAAAAAAAUUAUGGUUAAAAUCUAUAAAAUUAAAGUAUGGUGUACAAACACAACAUAGUCGUGUCUGUAGUGACCAUUUCACUAAAAAUGAUUUCAAAACUAUUGUGGGAGGUCGAAAUCACAUUUUAUUAAAAAACGACGCUGUUCCUACAAUUUUUAUUGCUAAAAGAACAACAGAAAAAAUUAAUGAUGGCAUAAGAAUUGCAUCAAAUGAAAACCCUACGUCCUCACAUGCUAUAGAUACUAAUAUACAACUAGUUGAUUCAGCAAUGUUAUUGGAAGAAAAUUCUAUAGAUGUGCAGCAUGAAGACGCCCAUAUAGUGGAAAAGUCUGAAGUCGCAACAUGUAAGCGACCGAAAAGAAAACUUACGUAUGGCUUAGUUGAAACUGAAAAUAAUAUUAGCCCUUCUCGGUCAUCUUACACGCUGCCAAAAAGAGGAAGACCUACAACCAAAAGUCCAGCUACACCUCGUAAAACAUUAAUUAAGAGCAAAGUUAAAAUCCUGCAACAAAAAGUAAGAAGACUAAAAACUAAAAUAAAAACUCUUAACGAUGUAUUGGAAGAAUUAAAAAAAAAAGGGUUGAUCGAAAAUGAUCCAUGUGAUCUUAUAGAAAAUGAAUUUGAAGGCAUUCAACUCGAAAUUUUGAAAAAUGAAUUGACUAAUAAGAAAAGAAAGCCUACCGGAUGUAGAUAUAGCGAUGAAAUAAAAAAAUUUGCUCUUACACUUCAUUACUAUUCGCCUAAGGCAUAUAAAUUUUGUCGGUUAGUACCUACUAAUAUCUAAGUAAGAAACAGUCUUGGGUAAAAUACUUUUUAAAAGUAUUUGGAAUAAAUACUCGAAUAUUCAUGAAAAAUAGUAUUCCGAAUAUGUAUUCGAAUACAUAAUAAAAAUAGUAUUCUGAAUGAAGUAUUAGAAUACUAUAAAACUAUUCCAAUACUUUAAAAAUAUUUUUUUG